AUGGAGGAAAGGCUAUGGGGAUUGGAUACGGAAGAGCGAAAUCUUGCAUUGGGAUGGCAAGGGAUGCUGCCAUCCACCAGUUGUGAAAUAGGGGCGUUAAUGAAUACACCUGGUCACUCAAGUUCCGAGACAGAAAUGUUGAUUCUCGUCCUCGAUGUUAGCAAGACUGUAAGGCAGUUUGGUAUGAGAGAAUCGCGGCGCAAGGUAAUAAGAGGACAAGAAAUUUUCGGCCACACCGGAUGUCCAUAA